CUGGUUUCUCGCUGCGCUGCCUCCUCACAGAGUCGCUCAUAAUGCCGCGGGCUUUGCGGAGACUGGUCCAUCUGGUGCUGUUCUGUCCUCUGUCCAAAGGGCUGCAGAGUCGUCUCCCAGCCAUUAAGGUGAAGUACCUUCUCCUGGCAUGGCUGGGCAUCCUCAUUGCCAGCUGGGUCGUCUACAUGCAGUAUGCCUCCUACUCUGAACUCUGCCGCGGGCAUGUCUGCCAUAUGGUCAUUUGUGAUCACUACAGAAGGGGCAUAAUAUCAGGCUCAUCCUGCAAGGCGCUGUGUGAUCAGAGAACUCUGACCCUGCAGCACUGCAGGUCCACCUCCUCUACACACCAGGUGUACGGUGGCCUGUGGAAGGAGAGGCCUGUUGUGAUCAAGUGUGGGAUUGAGGAUCCGGUGAAGGUAGAUGGGGCUCCGGACUCUGUGCUGCGGCAGGAGAUGAGCUUAUUUGACAAACCCACUCGUGGAACCUCAAUGGACGAGUUUAAAGAAAUGCUGCACAGUUUCCUCAAGGCUAACCUUGGUGAGCAGCCAUCUCUGAGCUCCUUGGUGGACCGGGUCAUUACCCUCGCUGAUGUCAACCAGGAUGGCAAAGUGUCUCUAGCAGAGGCCAAGUCCAUCUGGGCUCUUCUCCAGAUCAACGAGUUCCUCCUGAUGGUGGCGCUGCAGGAGAAGGAGCACACCCCCAAGCUGCUGGGUUUCUGUGGAGACUUGUACGUGACGGAACACGUGGGCCACAGCUCCCUCUACAGGCUGGAGGUGCCUCAUUACCUGCAGCCUCUGGUCCCGGAGGCCCUGACCUCCAGCCUGAACCACUGGCUCGCCCCGGCCUGGCCCAGAAGGGCUCGCAUCACCAUCGGCCUGCUGGAGUUUGUGGAGGAGGUCUUCCACGGGUCCUACGGCAGUUUCCUCAUAUGUGACGCCAGCCAUCGCCACGUGGGCUACAAUGCAAAGUAUGACUGCAAGAUGGCCAACCUGCGCAGCGUGGCGUCUGAGGCGGUGGUGAGGGGGUUUUUGAGGGGUCGGCGGUGCGAGACUAACUCAGACUGUACCUUUGGACGGGACUGCACGGCCACCUGCGAUCGACUGGUGAAGCAGUGUAACACGGAGGUAGUGCAGCCCAAUCUGGCAAAGGUGUGUGUGCUUUUGCAGGAUUAUCUGCUUUUUGGAGCUCCUUCAGACCUCCGCGGGGAUCUGGAGAAGCAGCUGCGCACCUGUGUGACACUCAGCGGUCUGGCAAGCCAGAUGGAGGUGCACCACUCACUAGUCCUGAACAAUCUGAAGACACUACUGUGGAAGAAAAUUUCUAACACACAGUACUCUUGAAAACAGGUUGAGAUGAUCCGUACAUCUACAAAAACGAGUGGAUUGUGACACAAAGCUUUGCCAAACGCUUUAGAAGGUGGUGAUUAUUAAUGUAUUUUUUUAAACUCAAUUGACUGUGAAUAACAGGAAACUGUGAAAUGCUGAUUAUACAAUAUGAAACAGCUGAAGAAGAAGACUGUAUUUUUGACUUUUGUUUUCUGAUGCAUUAUUUUGAGAAGCACAUGUAUCUGUUUAGAUGUACUAUUCUCAGGGCACUGCCUAUAACUUUAUUUGUAAAAUAAUCUGUGAGUAAAUUUAGUUUUUAAAUUGUUUAUAUAGAAACACUCUUUUGCCUUUCCCUACAGAGGCAGGAUGUCACAUUUGACACGAGUGAAUUUUGUAAAACUGUAGAUAUUGGUGGAGCUUUCUUGUUUCCUGUGUAUAAAUGAAUCUCCGUGUGAAGCAGAUAUAAGACACAUAUAAUGAAUAGAAUAUUGCAUAUAGACAGUAGAACUAAAAUGUCCCUCCUAGUAUUGAUCCGAUAUCGAUAAUGUAUUUAAAUUGACAUAAACAGAGUUGUAGAUGAUGUUCAGACAUUACAUUUGAAUGAACU